CCCUUUUUUAUCCUUUUUCCGAUCACAUUUUUCUCCUGCUUCGGGCAUAAGAGAGGUUUUUGAAGAAUUUUCAGCGCAAAAACAAAGCUAACAAAAGUAGUUCAAUGUUUCCCGUGUAAAUUAAUCUCUAUGAAAGACGAACUCACCGACUCCAUUUUUAACUACGCUUGUUCCAUAUUUCAACCGCUCAAAAUUCGCCCGCAUUUUCAUUUCCACAUUCACUCUCCAAAUCCUCCAUAUUCUUUUCGGGGAAACGAAUUCCAAGUUUUUCAACCUAUUUGCACAGAUUUUCCCCGACGAAUUCAGGGUUUGCAGGGAUCAUUGUGUUGAUCUGAUCCUUUUGGGGGGUGUUGGAGAAGGAAGAGCAAAGAGGGUAAAAUACAUUGUCAUAUAUGUCCCUUCAGCAAUCAAAGGCGGAGAAGAACGAUGCUGCCCCGGUAAGAAGGGCAGGUGGUGGAGGAAAAUCAGGCGCUUCUGCUGCUGCUCAUCCUCCCAAAGGAGGUGUUGGAGGGCCUUCCCCUCAUAACGCCCCUAACACUAGUGGUAAGAGAGCUAAUGGACCUGGUGGGCAGUCUAGAGGAAAUCCCAAUGCAGUGGGUUUACAUACAAAUGCUUAUGCUGCCAAAGCUCAGAAUGGUGGGAUUGCACAAAGGCAACAAACGGGAUCAACAUCAGCAGCAUCAGGAAGUCUCCCCAUAUCCACCACAAAACACCCUAGUGGUGUUGGUACUAAAAGCAAUGGGAUUCUUCCAAAACCUCACAUAUCUUCAAAUUUAAAGGUUUCAGAGCAGACAUCUUCAUCAUCUACUGCAGCUGUAUUGGGAGAGAGUACCAGAGCUAUGGCUCAACAGCCCUUAUUUCAGUUUGGAAGCUUUAGUCCAACGAGUAUACAUGGAUUCCAGGUUCCUGCACGGACAAGCUCCGCACCCCCAAAUUUUGAUGAACAGAAGCGUGACCAGGCACGCUCUGGUCCACCCAUUGAUGUUUCUAAAACAAGCUCUCAACCUGGUACAUCACAACUGGAGGGUCCAGUUGUUUCAAAGCAAGCUGCAAGUACCUUAGACACGAAAAGUGAAGGAAACAAAAUUUUGCAAGGACCAAAGGCCGCCCCUCCCUUUGUACAGGCACAAGAUGUUCCUGGAGGUCAGAUUCCUUCCACUUUACCAUUACGAUCAAAUUAUCCACCAAGUGCCCAGCUUCAAUCUCAUGGUGCAACCUCAGGAUCACGUGUAACUAGUUCUCACCUGCAAUCUCAUGGUGUGGCACCAGUGCCACGUGCUCCAAGUUCCCACUUGCAAUCACAGGGUGCACCCACAGGACCACAUGCACCAAUUUCCCAAAUGCAAUCUCAAGGUGCGGCUGUGGAACCACAUGCACCGAGUUAUAAAUAUCAAUCUCAAAGUGCCAUCCCAGUUCCACGUGGACAAAGUUCCCAACUGCAACCACAGGGUGGAACCCAUGGACUACAUGCACUGAGCUCUCAAUUGCAAUCACAGGUUGCGACAACAGGCUUAUAUGCACCAAGUUCCCAAUUGCAAUCGCAGGGCGUUGCUCCAGGAUCACGGUCACUGCAGCUUCCAUUGCAGGUUCCUCAAGUCCAACCACAAGUCUUCAGUUCACAGGGGCUGACAGCAGGUGCCUUGCAUUCACAAGGGAUGUUGCAUCAUGGUUUAGGUUAUCCACAAGCCAUGCGGCAUAUUAUUCCACAACAGACUCAUGUACCAUCUCAACAGUUUAUCCAUGGAAACCACCAGAUAAAUGCCCAGAUACCCAUUCAGGUAACUGGUUCAGUUGGAACCCAUCUCCCCUCAUAUGUGCCAGCUACACAGGCAAAUCAAUAUGUUCCCCACCGCACCAGUACUGUUAAGAUCACUCAUCCCAAGACCCAUGAAGAAAUAAAGAUUGGGCCAAAGGCUGUAAAGUCUGAUUCACAUGCAGAUGGUGGUAUAGUUUCUGAUGGCUCUCUUCCUGGGGGACUCGCUCAAUAUGGUACUCCUCAUUCAGGUUCUGUUUCGAUAAGUGGUCUGUCUCAAAUGAAUUUUUAUCCGACAGCAUCAUCUGGAUCCUAUGCUCACCCUCCGACUUUUCAUCAGCCUCCAAAGAUUACAGCAGCAGUGAGGCCAAAUAUUGCACGCCCAUCAUCAACAUCAAAUUCACCACCUGUGAACCUUCAUGGUGCAAAUGUGGAUACUUCAAAGCAUCCCUCUCAAACCGGCGAAGCUAGUCUGGCUCUAGUGAAGGCUUCAGAAGGGAAGACGUUGACUUCAACAAUAUCAGUUUCCCAAAGCAGCCAUAGUUCAAAUUCUUUAGCAAUUUCAGCUUCUGUGAGGGAAGACACAGGUAAUCCAGCUGUAAGCAAAUCUGAUCUUGGGGUUAAGCGUUCCAUAAUGAACAUGCCUGCCACAGCAACACACAACCAUGCAGACGGUAAUGUGUCAGCUAGUUCUGCUGUUUUCGCUAAUGAAGAGCAGAAAAGUGAAUCUGUAAAAUCUGAUGUUGGGGUUAAGCACAACUGCACAAACAUGUCUGCAACAGCAACACACAACCUUUCAGAUGGUAACGUGUCAAAUAGUUCUGCUGUUUCUGCUGUUGAAGAGCAGAAAAGUGAAUCUCUAAAACCAGUCGGAGUUUCCACAAAGGAACACUCAAAGAAGGCAUCCAAACUGGAGAGCAAACCUAAAAGGCAUCAACAACAGGCAUCACUGUCUCGCACCUCUACAAAUGCACAAGUUGAGUUAAAAGUAGAGGCUCUUGCAGAAUCAUCUGAGGUUUGUGGAUCUGCAGAUGCAAGUAAGUCUGGUUUGAGUCAGGUAAAACAGAAAAAGCAGCAACAACAACCGUUGCUUCGAAGUUCUUCAAAUGCACGGAUUGAGGUAAAAGGAGAAGUGGCCACAGAGUCAUCAGAAGUGGGUUCAUCUACCUCAAAUGUUCCUUUAGUGACAGCUGCUUCCAAAACUGUUAAACCUGGGGAUGGAGGUGCUUCUCCUGAGUUGGCAAGAAAGGCCAUAGAAACAGUUCUACAAUCUUCGUGCACAGAGCCUGGUGCAGUGGUCUUUCUGUCCAAUUCGACAAGCAUUCCUAUAAAGACUGAUAAAAUAUCGAUGUCAAAGAGUGUGUCAGGGGACGUGUCUAAUAAUACAGAGUUUUCAUCUUUAGAGAUAUCAGGACAUUCGAGGGCCACAGAUAAGGUGUUAAGCAAUGACUUAUCUUCAGGAGCCUUAGAAUCAGUACAAGAUUCAGAUGCCAAGGAUGAAAUUGUUCCUGGUAAUGUGACAUCACAUAUGGAGAUCCUGGAUCAAAGAAGUGGAGAAAGAACAGAACUAUCUGGAUUAAUGAACAAAUCUGUUGCAAAGGAAGUUGGACAGCCAAUGAAAGUUGGGGAUGUAACUGUUUGUAAUGAUACUUUAAUAACAUCUAGCAACUCAACAUCCAGGGAACCUAUGCCAAUAUUAGAUUCAAAUAUGAGAGAUGUGAAGAGUCUUGAAUCGGCAGUGACUUCUAAUUUGGUAAGUUCCAGUAAUUCUGUUCAAUCUAUAAACAGAGAUAGCAAAGAUACUGGAAUUCUACCACAUGAUGCUUUCCCAGCCAAACAAGAAACAAAUCUAAUUUCUGAUUCUGUGUUGUCUGAAAAUUCAUCUUCGGUCAACAUAAAUGAAAAUCCAGAUGAUUUUGCUAAUUCUGUUAUUGUAAAUGAGAAAGCUAGAUUGCUUCAAGAGGAGGCUAAAUUUAAUAAAAUGAAGCAUGGUAACAUGAUAUCUCAGCUGGCUGAGCUUGGAAAUGGUACAUUGGUUGAUCAUCAGAAUAUUAAAGACAAAAAGAUGGAAGAAUUAGUUGUGACUAUGCAAUCAACAAAUUCAGAUGAAGCACCUCAAAUCGAACUGAGAUCAGAAACUCCAGCAGUUGGCCCAGCAAUUGCUGUGUCUGACAUGGAAGAACAAUCAGAUUUGCUGUCUGAUGAUAAAAUUGUUGACUCUGACCAAUCUUGUUUGGAUACAUGCAAGAGCAGCCGUGAUAUUAUUACUGGAUCAGCUGAACCAUCAACUGCCAAUGUGAAGAAGCUGGAUGUGCAAGACAAGGCUCAAGUGCUCGUUUCUAAUAGCAGUAACCAUGAAGAAAUGGCUGCCUCUCCUUGGGAACCAUCUGUGCCUCUUGAAAGUGAACCAUCUUUGCCUCUUGAAAGCGACAUUAAGUUGGAUUCAUUGGGUAGAGUGACAGAAAAAGAAAGAAAAAGUUCUUUGAAUGCUUUUUCAAGCAAUAAAAUUACAAACACUGGUGAUGUACCCAAGGCAGUUGGCGGUAAGAAGAAGAAAAAGCUUAAGGAUUGUCUUAGUAAAGCAGAUGCAGCUGAUCCCACUGGUGAUUUAUAUAAUGCAUAUAAGGCUCCAGAGAAGCAAGAAGAUGUAUACUCAGUAGAACCAUGUAAAGAAGACUAUACUGAUGUGGAAGAGAAGCCUUCCUCGAAAGAGACUGAGAAGCAUGUUGCAAAUGAAGUGGAUGACUGGGAAGAUGCAGCUGAACUUUCAACAGACGUGAAGCAAGUAGUUCCACCAGUUACUUCAGGAGGCAGAAAGUACUCAAGAGACUUUUUGUUGACACUCAAGGAACAUUUUAAGGAUCUUCCAUUAGAGUUUGAAAAUAAAUGUCAGGAGUUUGUGGAUAUUCUGAUAAAUCGUCAAUUAAUUUCUAGUCUCUAUUCAGAGGGUGAACCAUUAUCAAGCAUGGGAAGAGUUCAAGAGUAUCCUCGGAUUGAUCGACGUGGGAACAAUAUUCCCAGUAUGGAUGAAGAUAGAUGGUUCAAGCCAAUGGAUGCUGGUGGUCGUGAUCCGCGAAUGGAGAUGGGCCUUGGUGGCCCUGGAGGAUUUCGACCCGGUCAGGGUUACAACACUGGUUUUGUAAAGAACAUGCGUGGUGCAGCACCUGGUGUUGGCCCCAGUGGGCAAUUUGUCCAAGCAUCAUUUGCUCAAAGUGGACUAAUGAGAAAUAAUGCUGCUGAUGUUGAUAGAUGGCGGACAUCUGGUAUGCAGAAGGGGUUGAUUCCUCCUCCCGUAAUUCAUAAAACAGAUAAUCGCUAUGAAGUGGGCAAGGUUUCUGAUGAUGAAGAGUUGAAACAAAGAAAGAUAAAGUCCAUUCUUAAUAAACUGACACCCCAAAAUUUUGAGACUCUCUUUUUGCGGGUCCAAGAAGUGAAUAUUGAUUCUGGAGUUUGUCUUACAGGUGUAAUAUCUCAAAUAUUUGACAAAGCAUUGAUGGAACCAACAUUUUGUGAAAUGUAUGCAAAAUUUUGUGUUCAGCUUGCUGCUGGAUUGCCUGAGUUUUAUGAAGAUAAUGAGAGGGUUAUGUUUAGGCGAGUUCUAUUAAAUAAGUGUCAGGAAGAAUUUGAAAGGGAUGAAAGAGAACAGGCAGAAGCUGAUAUGGCUGAAGAUGGUGAAAUAAAGCUUUCAAAAGAAGAACGGGAGGGGAAGAGGUCUGCACAGCGAAGGCGGAUGCUAGGAAAUAUACGGUUUAUUGGUGAACUGUAUAAAGAGAGUAUGUUGACUGAAAGAAUAAUGCAUGAAUGCAUAAAAAAAUUACUUGGUGAAUAUCAGAAGCCAGAUGAGGAAAAUGUUGAAUCUUUAUGUAAGUUGAUGAGUACAAUUGGGCAAAUGAUUGACCAUCCAAAAGCAAGAGAGCAUAUUGAUGCUUACUUUGAGAGAAUAUCAAAAAUGGCAAAUAACCAAGCACUGCCUACACGACUGAGGUUUAUGUUGAAGGAUGUGAUUGAUCUGCGAAAGAAUGGGUGGCAACAAAGGAGGAAAGUUGAUGGGCCAAAGAAAAUUGAGGAAGUGCACAGGGAUGCUGCUCAAGAACGACAACAAGCACUGGGAGGUCGAUUAAAUCGAGCUCCAAGCAUGGGACAUUCUGGACGAAGAAUUUCCACACCACCUGAUCAUGGUUCACGAGGCCCUCAGAUGUCUGCUUUUAUGCCAGGCACACCGAUGGGUCCAGCUGCACAUAUGAGUGGGAUGAGAGGCACACAGGCACAGACUGGAAUGCGUAACUACAUUGCUCAAGAUGCUCGAAUUUCAGACAGAAUGACUGGUGACAGGCCUUCGCCUUUACAAUAUAGACCCUCUGAUGAUGGGCAGCUAACUCUUGGUCCUCAAGGAGGCCUUGGCAGGGGAAUAUCUGGCAGGGGACAACCGAUGCAAACCAAUAGAAGUUCCCUAGUAGAUGGUCCACUAGUCACACCAGGGAGUAAUAGGCGAGGAAGCCUGGUUCCAAUGGCAGGUUAUAAUUCGUCAUAUGGUACAAGAGAUGAUAUUCCAAUUAGGACUUCUGCUGGAGAAAAGUCAUCCUUUCCAAGGUCAGGUAUCUCAGAAAGAAAUGCUUUGGGUAAUGAAAGAAGAGAUUAUAGGGGUUCAUAUUCUUCUUAUGACAGAGGCGGCAAGGCUGCGAGCCAGGAAUACCAACAAGAAUUCUCUCAUGGAAGGGAAUUCAGUGAAGAACAACUUAAAAGAAAAUCUGAUAUGGCAAUAAAGGAAUAUUACAGUAUUAGAGACAUGAAGGAGGCAGCUUUGUGUGUGUCUGAUCUUAAAUCACCAUGGUAUAAUCCAACUUUAGUGUCACUUUGGAUAAUGGAUUCUUUUGAUAGGAAAGACGUGGAAAGGGAUCUCCUCGGGAAUCUAUUUAUACAUCUAUGCAAAACUGAGCCAUCUUUGCUAAGUCAAGAGCAACUCAUCAAAGGCUUGGAGAAGGUUAUAGCAUCCUUGGAGGAUUCGGUUGUUGAUGCACCAAAGGCCCCUGAGUUCCUUGGUAUGAUUCUUGGAAAGUUGGUUGUUGCAAAUUUAUUGUCUAUCCGUGAUAUAGCAGUACCACUUGAGGAGGGAGGAAUAGAGCCAGGGAGUCUAUUAGAUAUGGGUCUUGCAGCAGAUGUGCUUGCUACUAUUCUUGAUGUUCUAAAGAGAGAGAAGGGAGAAAAUGUAUUGUUGGAUUUAUACAGGUCAUCAGGAUUGCAACUAGAAAAAUUCAUUCCUCUUGGUGAAAAACCAGGCAAAUUUGAGUCACUUCUCGAGAAGAAAAAUAUUCAAUGUUUGUCGACCAUCAUCAAUAGACAUCUGUAAUUACAAAAAAUUUCAAGAUGGCCUAAUUACAAUUUUGCCUGUUCAA